CAACUUCUUCCACAGUAGAGAGAGAGAGCUUGAGGGAUUAACAAUGGCAGCGGUGGGGGUGGAGGAGAAGAAGCACGAAAAUGGAGGAGGAAUAGUGGUGGUGAAUCCGAAGCCGAAUAAGGGAGUGACAUCGAAGGUGGUAGAUUGGGUAGAGAAGCUGAUAGUGAAGUUCAUGUAUGAUCCAUCUCAGCCUCUUCAUUAUCUCUCCGGUAACUUUGCUCCGGUUCCUAACGAAACUCCUCCUACCAAGGACCUUCCCGUCAUCGGUUACCUUCCCGAUUGCUUAAAUGGAGAAUUUGUCCGUGUGGGUCCUAACCCAAAAUUUUCACCUGUUGCUGGAUAUCACUGCAUGGUUCAUGGUCUGCGCAUUAAAAAUGGGAAAGCAACAUAUGUCUCACGUUAUGUACGAACAUCGCGUAUUAAACAAGAAGAAUAUUUUGGAGGUGCUAAAUUUAUGAAGAUUGGAGACCUUAAGGGGUUUUUCGGUUUACUUAUGGUUAACAUGCAAAUGCUGAGAGCAAAAUUGAAAGUAUUGGAUGUUUCUUAUGGAACUGGAACUGGUAAACUCUUAUUUACGUUUAAAAUUAGUGUAAAAUGCAAAAUAAUUUCUAUCAUAAAUUUGGGUUAGGCAACGCUUUAAAAAAAACGUAGCUUUAUG